GAGGAGAGGCGUCGUUGUGGGCGCAGCAGCAUCCACAGAUACAAAGAAGACGACGACAAUGGCCGAUAUAUCUUUGUAUCUCACUAAUGUUAAUGUGUCUAUAGGACAGACCAUGGAGGUGCAGCAGAGCCCAAACCAGGUUAAAGACUUUGAGAGUGUGGAGCUGGGGGAGUUGAACAAGAGAGAGGAGCAGCAGAGGGAGAAGGUUCCUCGAAGGAUCAUCCAUUUCUCCAGUGGAGAGACCAUGGAGGAGUACAGCACCGAUGAAGAGGAGGGAGAGGACAAGGAGCCGGAGAGGAAAGACCUGCUGUCCUCCCCGGUCGAUGCGGUGAGGUCAAAGUUGACAUGGGGUCCAUACUUCUGGUUUCACAUGUGGAGAGCGGCCACAUCAACCAUCUCAGCCUGUGACUACCUGGGUGAGAGGAUGGCCUCCCUGUUUGGGAUUACAUCAGCCAAAUAUCAAUAUGCCAUUGAUGAAUACUACAGGAUGAAGAAAGAGAGGGAGGAAGAGAAAGAAGAAAACCGCCUGUCAGAAGAAGCUGAACAAUCCUUCGACCAGCUGCAGCCUCAGGGGGAUGAAGACGAAGCCAUCACAGUGAGUGACCUGCCAGAGGUGGCUGACCAUCACCCAGACGUGACCUAUCAGGUGGAGAAUGAAAAUCAGGCACCUUCAAGCACUAUCACAGUCCCUGCUAUCGUCACAGCAACCUAACAGCCCCAGAGAAUAGACGUUUGGUGAUUAAUUGUCUGUUUGUCGGUUAAAGCAGGUACACUGUCUUGUUUCACUGAGCACCGUUUGGUUUGUGUAUUGCACAGAUGUUGAUGGGUGAAGCUGCUUUAUUGUGGACAGCAGUGGAGGAAUUACUCCAUGUACUGCUUCCAGUCCCUUUGUAACAGAGCAGCAACUGAUGAAGUAACUGCUGAAUAUGGAGAAGCAUAAAUAGAUAUAUCUGUCCAAAGGAACACAAGUUUUAUGAAAAGAAAGACAAUUUGGGUAAGAAAAGUUUUAUUCAAGUGCCAAAAUGACUCGUCUGCACAAUAUUAGUUGUCCAACUGACCCUUUGUGAAACCCAUAAAUCAUCCUUUUUCAUGGCCAUUGUUGUCACGCCCCAUCCUCUUUGGUUAUGUUUAGGUUAGACAAACUCUCUACUUGCUGGGUUCUUUACCAUUCAGGGCAACUGAAAAUAUCCUUUUCUGACAAAGUUAAAGCUAUAAGAUUCACUUCUAAAACUUGUUGAGAUCAUUUAAACUGAUUCCCAUGUCUCUGAGGCUCGUAAUUGUGCACUCAUUUGUGUUGCCAAAUGUCAUAUUGUGCAUAUUACACUGAAGUCCCACACUCAUAUUGGCUCCAGAAAUGUUUACUGAUUAAGUCCAGAGGUAGACGACAUACACACAAGUUUUUUUUCCCACACCUGUUCAUUAUUGACUAAAUUCAGGUGUUUGAAUCAGACUCAUUGCCACAGGUGUAUAAAAUCAAGCACCUAGCCAUGCAGUCUCCAUUUGCACACAUUUGUGAUCCUAAAUGGG